CGAUAUUUAGCGAAAUCAUUUUGGUCAUUUAAUGGCUCAUGUUGAUCCUUUGGAAUUAGAAGAUAGAAAUGAGUCUUGGAACUUCAACAAAAAACAAGUGAUAACUAAGCUAAAUAGUUGCAUUGCUAAAUUAGGUUCUAUGGAAAAAAUGAUCAAACUACCUUUUUUAACUUGGAUUGCUGAUGAUGUACCAAAUAGAACGUUAGCGCUAGGAGACAUUCUAAAUCGUUUCGAAAAAGUAUAUUGUAAAUAUAUUGGUCACCAAGGUGCAUACACGAAUCAACUGGCAAUCAAACAAUGGUUGGUGCGUGAAUUAGAAUCCCCGGGUGAGAAAGUCACAAAAUUGGAGAAACAGAUAGCACUUAAAAGAUUAAUCAAAGCGACAGUAUUUGAAGAUUUUUUAAUUAAGCAAUGGCCCGGAGAAAUACAAAUGAGUUUAUCAGGAUGUGAAAGUAUUAUACCAGCACUAGCUCAAAUUAUAGAUACAUCAUCAGUGUACGGAGUAGAUAGGAUUACAAUGGGACUGACGUUUCGUGGCCGUUUGAAUAUAUUAGCAAAUGUUGUAAAAAAACCGUUGGCCCAAAUAUUUACAGCAUUUAAUAGCAUACUACCAAAUCAAAUAGGUUCGGGCGAUAUUAAAUGUCAAUUAGGUACAACAAAUGAAUUUUUAAAUUUAACAUCGCAUAAAAAUGUUCGGAUAUCUGUCUCGGCAAAUCCAGCACAUUUGGGUGCAAUAGGUGCAGUUGUAUGUGGUAAAACACGUGCCCAAAUGUUCUAUGCAAAUGAUUUAGAGGGUAAACGAUGUUUGCCAAUAAUCGUACAUGGUGAUGCUGAAAUUACUGGAUUGGGUGUAUGUUUUGAAACAGUUAAUUUAAGUAAAUUACAACAUUAUGGUACACAUGGUACAAUCCAUUUAAUCAUUAACAAUCAAAUGACUGGUACAACAGCGACAGGGCCACUGCGUUCAAGUAUUUAUUGUAAUAGUAUUGGACGAACAAUUGAUGCACCAAUCAUACAUGUAAAUGGUGAUGAUGUUCCGAGUGUAAUAUAUGCAGCAAAAUUAGCAGCUGAAUAUCGCGCACGGUUUGGUGGCGAUGUAUUCUUGGAUAUUUUAGGUUAUAGACGAUUUGGUGUUUCAGAAACUGAUUCCAUGCAAACAGAACCAAUUAUAUAUUCAAAAAUUAAAGAAAAACAUCCAGUAUUAGAAAAAUUUUACGAUGAAAUGUUAGCAGAAAAAUUAAUUACCGAAGGUGAAUAUCAGACAUUUGAACAAGCGUUCGAAAAAUCAUUGAGAGCUGCAUACGAUCAAUCUAAAGAGGAAUCAAUUAUUAAACCAAAAAAUUGGCUCGAAUCAUCAUGGCAAGGAUUUUUUGAAGGCAAAGAUUUAUUAUAUUGCGCACCAACUGGUAUUCCCGAGGAUACAAUUGUACAUAUUGCUAAAGUAUUUUCAUUCCCUCCACCUGGUAGAAAUUUUGUUGCACAUCCUGUUUUAACUCGCAUAUUAAAGGGCCGUGCUAAAAUGUUAGAAAAUCGAGAACUUGACUGGGCAAUGGGUGAAGCAAUAGCAUUCGGUUCAUUACUUAAAGAUGGAAUCCAUGUACGACUUUCGGGACAAGAUGUGGAGCGUGGGACAUUUGGACAUCGUCAUCAUGUUAUACAUCAUCAAACGUCACAAUCGGCAAAAUAUUAUCCAUUGAGUAAUUUGUAUCCAGAUCAAGCAGCCUAUAUUGUGUGCAACAGUAGUUUGUCUGAAUACGGUGUCUUAGGAUUCGAACUUGGCUAUAGUUUAAUAAGUCCAAAUCAACUUGUAAUGUGGGAGGCACAAUUUGGAGAUUUUUCAAAUAACGCUCAAGUUAUAUUUGACCAGUUUAUUGCAUCUGGUGAACGGAAAUGGAUUCGUCAAAGUGGUUUAGUGAUAAAAUUACCACAUGGGAUGGAAGGAAUGGGAUCAGAGCAUUCAAAUGCACACUUAGAACGAUUUUUAACGUUGAGCAACGAUGAUCCUGAAAAUAUACCGGAUGCAAAUGAUGAAUUAUCUAGUUUAAAACAAUUGUUGAAUUGUAACAUUAUUGUAGCGAAUUGUACGACACCCGCAAAUUAUUUUCAUAUUAUACGUAGACAAAUUUUAUUACCGUUUCGUAAACCAUUAUUUAUUUUGACACCAAAAUCACUUUUAAGAUUACCAGCAGCCAAAAGUUCUUUUGAUGACAUUUCUGGCCAAACAGAUUUCCAUCGAGUACUGCCAGAAUCUGGACCAGCCAGCGAAAACCCACCUCGAGUAAAAAAGUUAUUAUUUUGCAGUGGCAAAGUGUAUUAUGAUUUGGUUGAUGCGAGAGCAAAAAAUAAUAUAACGGAUCAAAUUGCUAUAGUUCGAGUUGAACAGUUAGCACCUUUUCCAUAUGACAAAGUCCAAAAAGAGUUACAAAAAUAUGAUCGAGCAAUAACAAAAGCAUGGGUUUCAGAGGAGCACAGAAAUACAAGUGCGUGGUUUUAUGUUGAACCACGAUUCCAUUUCCUAGGAGUUCAUGAAUUAAAGUACAUUGGCCGCUUGUCAAGUAGCGCACCUGCAGCUGGAUAUCACCGCACACAUCAUAGAGAGAGAGUAAAAAUGUUAGAAGAUGCAAUGGCUCUUUGAGAACAAGUGUAUUAACGUUUUUUUGUAUGAGUAAUUUCUUUUUUUUCCAUGAAUGAAAACAAAUGAAACCAAUUACCUUGGACUAUAAGAAAAAGGAAAAUCAUGAGCGUUUAUUUAUUAAUGAUAUUAAU